AUGAAGCCCACAUCGAUAGUUUUUAAAGCGGUCAGAGUGAAAACUCCAGUAAAAGCGCCUGCUCCGUACGAGUUCCCUGCGCUUUCUAGUAUAUCCAGCGAUGAGUUGGUGAAUAGCAAUUUCGGAAAAAACUCAUACUGGAUUCACAAGUCGAAAUUUGGACAUUGGCCCGUUUACAAAAAAGUACAAAACACCAAGAUUACCACUGAGGUCAAGAGAAUCCAGGGAGAUGUUAACAGAUUCAAGAGAGACUUGCUUGCUACCUUGCCACAUAUACAACCGCAACAUAUUGUGGUCAAUCGGACGGCAGGCUAUGCUAAUAUAAAGGGAGAUGUGGUUCAAGAAGUGAUGAAAGUACUUGAUGAAAAUCAUAACGUUUGA